AUGUCCUUCCAACCACCAAACGAGCCACCACAGCCCCCUCCAUUCUCGACGCUGUGCGGCGCGGCCAACACUCCUGCCAACACAUCCAGCGGCUCGCACAUGGUGACCGGCGCGCGGCCCUUCACCUCGGUCUCGUACGGCAAGCUGCAGGACACGGGUUUCCCCAUCCCGGCCCAGGACACGCUCUUCCUGCCGCAGAUGCGCAGCUACAACCCGGACCUGCUGUGGGAGUAUCUGCUCAGCGGCGGCCUGCACCGCGAGAACCGGCGCACGCAGUGGCAGCUGGUCGUGUGGAAGCGCGAGUGCCGCCCCGGCUUGGACCUGCGGAGAACGUGUGACCGGUGCGCGGUGUACGGCCUGCAGUGCACGCGGUCGCCGGCGCUGUAUGCGACCGCGGCGGCGAGGCGGGCGGCGGCGGCGGUGGGCGCGGACGGGACGUCGCUGGGCAGCGUGACCUGGCCUGGCCCGGGGACGGCGUCCGGGAUAGCGGCGGGGGAAACUGCCGGGGUUGGAGGAAGGGAGCUGAGUCGGACCGGGAGGGAUGACGGGCCGAGGACGAUCAUCAUGCGCAACUCUGCCGUGCCGGUCAUGCAGGGCUUCGAGAUGGUCCGUGGUGGUGGUGGGCAAAACGGCGGCGGCGGCCCGAUCAUCUGCUGCGACCAGUGCUUCCAGGCCGGCGGAUAUCCGGCAUCGCGGUGCUCGGCGUGGGUGCGUAAUACCUCUCCGCAGGCAGGCCGCGUGGGGAUCCUGAACGACGAGCUGGCGGCCCGCGGUGUCUUGGGGAACCAGAGCAGCAGGCACGACGGCAGGACGACGCUCAAGGGGAUGCCCAGGUACAGCCCGCGCUGCCUGGCAUGCCUGGUCGAGGAUGUGGCCGAGGGCUACGGCGACGAGCACCGGCGCAAGGAUGGGAGGAACUUGUGCCUCACGCUCGAGAACGAUGCCAAGUGCCGUCGGUGUCGAGAACAGGGCCGAGACUGUGUCUGGGGCCGCGAGCUUAUCGAUCUCAACGCCAGAGACGAGCCGGGCUCCUGGCGGCCGGGAAGUGACCAAGGGCCAGGCGGCGGCGGUGAUGAUGGACCAGGAGGAGGUAGCGGCAGUGGAGGUGGCGGUGAUGGUCGUGGCCGCGGCGGUGACGAUGAAGAUAACGACGACACUUCAGGUCAUGGCCAGGCUGGGUCCUCGUCGCAACAGCCACAGCCACAGCCACAACCACACCCGGCCCAAGACGCCGCUGAGGCGACAGAUGAUGGGCGAGCAAGCCAGGCUCAUAACGAGCAAGUCACCCAAGAUGGCCCCAGAGACACACCAGAGCUGGUCAUCUACGUGGCGUGGCCGCCAGCGAACACGGAUUCCGCCCCCCAGGCAUCAGCAAUGCCAACGGCCGAGACUGAUGACGAGGACGAAGAUGACGAAAACGAGCCUCGGGCUACACAUCAGCAAGUCAGACCAUCGACACUGCGUCCCCCCUUGUCAACACACACUACCCUCCUAGCACCAGACCUCACUGCGACUCCAUCAGCCUCCGGCCCGCCGACCCCGGCGAGCAAGACCAAGUGCCGGACCUGCGAGAACAAGAUCAUCGCCGGGUACAAGGGCAAGCGGUCCGCCAAGUCGUGCGAGACGGACGAGGCCAACGGCCGCGGGUGCCGCCAGUGCGUCAACUACGGCCUGGUGUGCGUGUACCAGGGCUUCGUGAUGCCGCGAAACCGCGAGGCCAGGAACCACAUCGGCUUCACGCCCUGCGACGCGUGCAGGCACGCCGCGGUGACGCAGCUCGCGGCGGCGACGAUGCGCAUCGGCACCUUGGCGGCGGCGGACCGGGCCGCGCUGCUGUGCGACCGGAAGCAGCCGUGCGACCGCUGCACGAGCUUGGGGAUCCAGUGCGGCCGCUCGCCCAGCGAGAACCGGCGAGUCAUCGGCCUGAUAGGCAGGGACACGCCCAGCGCGGAUCUGGAAGGGUUCUACCUCACCUCGGGGAAGCAGCCGGGGACGUUUGGGAGGCUUCAUCCCGAGUAUGGGACCGGCAGGGGCAGGCGGAAUUGGGUCAUGCCAGACGACUAUCACUUUCAGUAUCUGGCGAAGCUUGGGAUACCCCAGCCGGCGUCGGCGGACGAGAUCGUCGAGGUCCCGGGACGGAGAGGGCCGGUGCCGCUGUGGCUGCAGAAGCUGCGACACGACCGAGGCCAAGAUGGGGCUGGUGGUAGUGCUGCUGCUGGUCCGAGCAGCAUUGACGCAACACACACCGCCUCUGGCGACGACGCAGAUGACGAGAUGGGUGGUGUUGAGGAUGAUGAUGAUGAUGAUGACGAGGAAGCGGUCGAAGAGUCCCAGGAAAGCUUCUUCGCAGACGCAUAUUACAGCAUGCCGGAGCACACUUACGAGGCGCCAGACCGGCAGAAUUGGUAUGGGCUAUGA